GUGUGUGUGUGUGAGACUGAGUGAGUCUGCGUGCGUGUGUGUGUGCGUGUGUAGAAAGUGCGCACGUCAGGCGUUGGCUGUCUGUUGUCGCAAUCGCAGUCACAGUCGCAACCAUGUCCAGAAAUACGUUGACCACGUUAACACACAUCGGCAACCAAACAACAUCGGUGACCAACAGCAGCAACAGGAGCAGCAACAACAACAGCAGCAACAACGACACACGCACCGGAACCCUGACGCACCUCAUGGAGGAGCACCAUCAACAGCAGUCACAUCCGGGCGCCGCUGGUCGUGCCGGCCUCAUCUCCGAUGGCGCGGAACGUUUGCGACGACAGGGCAGCCGUCUGCAAACCUCGAGAUUUGCUUGCAUGCGCUGCUGCGGCAAUUUUCUGACACAUCUGGUGCGGCUGCGCAGUACGCCCGAGGAGCUGGAGCAACGCUACAAAUCCAAAGAGAUCGAUCGCUUCUUGGAGAAGGAGAAGCACACGUUUCGACGGCAGGUGAAACUGUUGCUCCUGGGCGCUGGCGAGUCGGGCAAGUCAACGUUCCUCAAACAGAUGCGCAUCAUACACGGCGUCAAUUUCGAUCCGGAACUGCAGCGCGAGUACCAAUAUGUGAUAUACCAAAAUGUUAUACGAGGUAUGCAAGUCCUCCUCGAUGCACGCGAAAAGUUGGACAUCUCGUGGGGCAACGAUGGACGCGAACAGGAUGCCAACGAUGCCAAAUUAAUGGAAUGCAAUGCAAUAGAGGCAACCAGAUUCGUUGAAUAUGCCCCGCUCAUUAGGCGACUGUGGCAGGAUCGGGGCAUAAGGCGCGCCUACGAGCGACGACGCGAAUUUCAAAUUAGCGAUUCGGUCAGCUAUUUUCUAGAUGAAAUCGAGCGGCUGGCGAAACCGGAUUAUGUGCCCACACACAAAGAUAUACUGCACUGUCGGCGAGCAACCAAAGGUGUCUACGAGUUUUGUGUCAAAGUACAGAACAUUCCAUUUGUGUUUGUCGAUGUGGGCGGUCAGCGCACACAGCGCCAAAAGUGGACCAGAUGCUUUGAUACCUCAGUCACAUCGAUUAUAUUCCUAGUGUCCAGCUCGGAGUUUGAUCAGGUGCUUGCCGAAGAUAGGAAAACGAAUCGUCUGGAGGAGUCCAAGAAUAUUUUUGAUACCAUUGUGAACAACAAUACCUUCAGAGGCAUUUCGAUAAUAUUGUUCUUGAACAAGACCGAUUUGCUCGAACAGAAAGUACACAAUCCAGAGACUGAUAUACGCUGGUACUAUCCACAAUUCAGUGGCAAUCCGCACUUGCUGCUCGACGUCCAGAACUUCAUGCUGCAAAUGUUUAUGAGUGUGCGACGCACGAGCAGCACCAGCCGGAUCUAUCAUCACUUUACCACUGCCAUAGACACGCGCAACAUCAACGUGGUGUUCAAUUCGGUGAAGGAUACGAUACUGCAGCGCAAUUUAAAUGCUCUGAUGCUGCAGUAGCCGCAUCCCCAGUAGCCAUCAUCAUCCUGAUCACAAUCCACAAACACACACGAAUCUCGCGCCAGCUCUGGCAAACACUGUCUACCAUACAAAUAUUUACAUGAAUAUAUAUAUACCAUAUAUAUAUAUGAACAAAACGAAAGUGCCAGGCUGUCAGGAAUGUUAAAUUUUGUGAAGGGCCGACCCCAAAUUUGUUGUUAACUUUUUAAAAUGGUUUAAUUAUUCAUAAAUUUUGUAUUAAAUGAAAUUAUUAUAUAUAUACAAGCAUAUAUAUAUAUAUUAAUUUUUAGCAUUUACAUGUAUUAUUAUGUAUUUUAUUUAUGCAUAAAUGUAUAUAAUUUAUUGUGUAUGUGUUCGUGUGUGGCCCGCUAACAACAGACUUUAAUGCUACCCAAAAAAAAACUAACAGCAGCUACAUAUUUUCAUAUCAUUAUUAUUAAUAUUAUUAUUAUUAUACUUAUGCCCUUUUGCUACUAUGACACUAUACAAGGAUAUUUACAAUAUAUAUAUACCUAUAUAUAUCUAGCCAAUACAU